AGUACGUUCUCUGCCACUUCCUCUCAUUUGUGAUUAUCUUCCCUUUCGACCCUGUGACAUGUUAUUUUCUUUUAAGAUUUAGUGCUGUCAGACUUGUACGCUGAUAGACUUCACAACGGGCUGUAUUCAGAUAGAGUAGGCUACGUCCAACCCUCCAUUUCUUACAUCGCUGUUUGACAGUUUGUGGAGUUGACACGGAACUCAAUUCAGCUGAAGACACUCUGUUGAGUCACUCUCAAGAGUGCCGAAGGUUUUGUUGAGGAGAAGCAAUGGAAGCUGCUGUCUUUCAGUAUCACAAAGAGGAUGACACUGUGGAUGUUGAAUCUUUUCAGGGAGAGAAGCAGAAGCUUAUUCAGCCGGCGUCUUUAAAAGACCCCAAAUUUGAAAAGCUAAAGGAGGCACUGGUUUGUUGGAUCAAUAGCACUUUGAAACCGGAUCACAUAGUUGUUCAGAGUCUGGAGGAGGAUCUGUACGACGGGCUGGUGCUUCAUCACCUGCUGUCCAGGUUGGCCGGUGUGCACUUGUCUGUAGAGGAUAUGGCACUAACCAGCCCUGCUCAGAUCCGCAAGCUGGGAGUGAUCCUGGAGGAGUUGGACAAGAGACUGAGCCUGCAGGACAGCAGCCAGAUCAAGUGGAACGUCAAACUCAUCCACAACAAAGACCUUCUGGCCACUACUCAUCUGCUGGUUGCCAUGGUGAGAUCUUUCCAGCCUGAACUGGGUUUGCCACCAAACGUGAAAGUUGAAGUUAUAGUUUUGGAAGUGAGCAGAGGUGGAAUCAAAUCAGAUGAACAGACAGAGGUCCUGACAGAGGAAAGGGAUGCAGGUUCAGACUCUCUCAACAAGAUUGAAAUGGAAGAUCCAAUCGAUCAACUGAUGAAGCUUGAUGGUCACAAGGUCAACAUGGUGAAGAAGGCUAUCUUACACUUUGUCAACCAGAAUAUGUCGACCAUGGGUCUGGAGGUUGCUGAUAUGGACAAACAGUUUGCUGACGGUGUGAUUCUACUGCUGCUGCUCGGACAGCUGGAAGGCUUCUUCAUCCCGCUCUAUGACUUCCACCUGACACCUGUCAGUCCCUCUGAGAUGCUCCACAAUGUGACCUUGGCCUUGGACCUCCUUAAAGACGCAGGCCUUCAAGUGGCCAGCGUGGAUCCACAAGGACACCACAACACCAUUGACUCUUCAACAUGGUAAGACGUUUACUGUCCAGAAAUAGCAUAUGCCUUUUAAGCAAGAGCUGAGAAUCUUAUAGAAAUCACUUAAUACAUUUGUUAAUGCUGCUGUGGUUAUAUGUUACUGCUAGUGACCAGACCAAAGGAUUUCUCAUAAACUGACUUUAAUUUAUACCAUGUUUUAUUUUUUUUUGAGAAAACAAAUGAUGUCCCUUGCAAUACUGGAGCCCAUCCAAAAUGUUGACAGAAAACAUGAGUCAUAUCUGCCUAACUUGUCACACUGAACAGAUGCAUCUCUCUGUGGAUGAAAAGUGAAGCAGAGCUAACAAAGCAGCACCACUCUGAGUAUUCAGCUGUUGUAUUGUACGUAAACAUCAGUUAUCACACAGGUGACAGUAUCACGGGACUGUUAAAUCUAAAGAACCAUGACACUUAACACUACUGUUGUAAUUAAUCCAAACAGCUCAUCUGAGAUGUGUAAAUGGCAGUCAAAUGUAUCUGUGUAGCACACUUACACACUUAAC